CGACGAUGCCGACGACAACAACAAUCAACAACUCAGCACCACGACCAAUGAUGGCAACCACACCGCGAAAGCUGGUGCAUUGGGCUCUCGAUGUCUCUAUCUCUGGCUUUGGAUCACCAUGCUCGGAAGCGACAUCCUCCGAUUCCGUCUCGUCAACAUCCAGUCUGGAAUACAUUAACUCUCAGCUUGUAGCACAUGGAUUCACUCAUUCACCCGGGCUUUCCUUUGAGGGGCUCUCAAAUUCUGACGCAGAUCAGCUGGCAAGAUGUUUGCUCGCUAUGCUAAGCCAAAGAGUGAAUGAUAUGUCUCGUUCUGAAGAUUUAUCGACAAGUUUGCGCACCCUUUCUUAUGACCACGAGCGGCUUAUGGGGAUGCAUCGCUCAGCCACUGAGAAGGCAGCUAAUGCAGAACGCGAAAUGAACGUUUACAAGUCACGAAUUGCAACGGCAUCCAAAACCUUGGCAGCUUCGGAAUCGGCCCAUAGGCAAACUUCGGCUGAGCUUCAGCGGACGCGCUCCUCGUUGAUAGCUCUUCGGGCAACUCACUCAGCAGAAAUUAAAAAGAAAGAGAAAGACGUCGAGCGCAUCAUCGAAAAAUGGUCAAAGCUUUCCGAUAUGCAGACGAAGCUAACGACUACGUCCUCAGGAUUGACUUUUCGAUGCGGCAAUGCCGAUGUGGUCAGCGGGUCCGAAACCCUUGGCAAGGGGAAGGGAUACCUUGAGAUUGCUCUUGAGCAAGCCGAAUCUGCUCGCGCUUCACUAGCUGAUGAAACGUUGGCAUUACAACGGCUUGUUGUAAAUGUCGCAAAUCGACUGCAGUCGGUACUGCACGAACUUCAAUGCUUGGUUUCACCUUGUGACGAAGAGCCCGCAAUAAUGACGCACGGCGUAUUGUUCCCUUUGGCAUAUCCCAACGCUGCCAAUGACAAGCUUUCUACUCUCUUCUCCUCAGCACACAGUGUCUUCGAUGACAUUUCACAACGCCUGUCAGAGCGAUCUGCCGCACCACCAGCACCAGAUUGCACCAAGACCUCGGAUGCUCUGGAAAAUAAACGAUUACAAGAAAUCAUCGACAAGUUGCGCUCAGAACUUGAUGAAGCUAAGAAACUUCAUGAUAGGCAUGUUAUAGAGACUCAGACCCUCUUAAUGCAAAUUGCGUCCCAAACAUCAUCUACCGAACGCAAUCCAAGGGACGAAAGCGUUGAACUCAUGACACAGCCAGAGCGAGACCUUGCCGCUGAGCGCCUUGAGCGAAUGAAGACCGAACUUGAUGAUGAGCGGAGAAAGUUUACUGAUGCUGCUGUCAAACUCGGCAAGGAGAAAGCCGCUCUGGAGACUGAACGUGCCCAUUUCCUUGAGGAGAAACGUUCAUGGCAAGUCGAGCAGAUGCUCUCCGACCUCCCACCAACACCUGCCACAACUUCCCAACCUGCACCUCGACCGCUUCAGGCUCAUAAGAUCAAGUCACCACGAAAGUCACCUAUGAAACCCAAGGUCGUCGGCAAGGUGGCAAGCAGAAAAACCCGAGUGUCUCGGCGCUCCUCAUCAUUCUCGAUUACACCACCAAAUAAAGUGGAGCCUGCUUACGAGACGGAGGUAAUUCCUAUCGUUAUCCCACCAGCAGCCUUCGACGCGUUGGGCAAAAAGUCGACCGUGGCGCAGUCUAUCUUACCCUCUGCGUUUGUGCUUCCUCCGCGUUCACCCCGGACGUCCUUACCCCCUGUAGAGGCAUUCCUUCCUCCAGUAAUGAUGGCGCAUCAAGCGACGUCAGGAGGAACAUCGUACACGCCCACUGACACCGAGUCAGCUGUCGCUUCGAGCACUGAUACUUCUUCGUUAGAUUGCACGUCGCCCCCUGUUCAGACACAAGCCGCAAUACCGAAAAUUGUCCUCCCAUCACCCAAAACACCUCCUGCUCCUGUUGUGAAUACACGCCGUCCAUUCCCACUUGCGAAACCACUUGCGCCACAUAUGUCACAUGCUUACUCGCCUGCAAAACCGAGUCCACUAUCUCGCAUUCUCAUGCUUGCGAACUCUCCUGACAGCCCGGACGGGGUAUCAGAAGAGGGUGAAGACUCCCCGACGUCUGUCGUUCGUCCGCCCGUUGCUACGAAGAUAUUCUCAAGCGAAUCAGAGUCAGAUGAUAGUCCUCUGAGGGAGAAGAAGACCGAGUCAAAUGUUGUUCCUUUACCUCCCUUCAAUAAUGUGCUACCUCCCGGAUCGAAGCGCUUUUCGACGAAGGAAAAGGGAAAGGCCAAAGCGGAGCUUGUCGUGCCUGGAAAGUUGAAGCCAGAGAAAGAAAACCGCGACAAGGUUCCCCGAAAACCAUCUCCUUCGUUGCCUCCUGCUCCUCAACCAAAGUUAAAGGUCAGCAGCUUAGCUACAAGUAAGCCUGGAGCGAAACUACCUUCCGGAAAGGGUGGUGCGAGGAGGGUAUUAAUUGGAAGUGCUGAAGCCGCUCCUUUGCCGGGGUGGCGAGGAUGACAGAAGGAAUGACUGAUAGUCUUUUGUGGCUGCCCCCACACGAUUUUUUCCUGCCGUAUCAUCAUGAUAUCCCUACGGUUUUCAUUGUAAACAUUAACACCUGCGCCUAUGUAUGCAAUAAUAACAUUUCAUAAUAGGAAGCAUCAAAACAAA